GAGUGAGGCCCGCAUAUUUAUGUUGCUGAUUCGUUUGGAGUUAUCGAAAUUCUAUUACUGUGAAAACGACCAAAAUUUGAAGACAUGUAAUCAAAGAUUCAUGGCACCAGUGUAAUGAGGUUAGGUGGUUCGGUAACAUGAGUGCGAAACGGCGAACCUAAACUUGCAGCGAUCAUGGCCGUCACCGCCGAAUCCCGCCUCGAGACGUUGCAGGUGUACAAGCUUCUACAGAGCGUCAGAAAAGAGGACACGCUCUCAAUAAGCAAGCUAUGUACACAAGGCAUACCCAUGUUGGUUAACUACCGCGACCCACAGGACGGGGAAUGCGCAUUGCAUCUUGCAGCGCAAGCCAACAACGAGGCAAUGACCAAGCUGUUACUAAAGUUCGGCGCCUUUCCCAACGUUCAGGAUUUUAAAGGUCGCACACCAGUCAUGACAGCCGCCGACUACGGCCAUGAUAAAACUGUGGAAAUACUCGCAAAAAGCGGCGCCGAUUUGAAAAUACAGGACAAAGAAGGAAAGGAUGUUCUUUUCUACUGCCUGUCUGCGGCAACGAAACGUCAUAAGCGAUGUCUUGAUAUCGUACUCGCUCACGGUGCAGACGUGAAUAAUCCAACAGAGUCAGGCAAAUCGGUGUUGGUAACUGCAUGCGAGUCGUCAACAGAGAAUGAAAUCAUGUGUAUGAUGUUGCUGGAGAAAGGGGCAGAUCCUAACGCUGUUAAUAAGUUGAAUGGUCGGUCAGCACUAUCUGAAGCUUGUUCAUCAGGAAGUAUAGCGACAGUACGAACUCUACUUCAAAAAGGUGCCAACCCAAAUAUUCAUGAUAAAAAGCUGCAUGUCCCUUUACACUUUGCAUCUCAAAUGGGAGCCCUGGAAGCUGUAAAGGCGUUGGCUGCAUAUGGUGCAAACUGUGACAGCACCGACACAGAUGGCUACAAUGCACUACAUUAUGCAGCAGAGGGAGGAUUUGCUAUGAUUUGCAAGUAUUUGGGUCAAAGAGGGUGCAAUCCUAAAGCAAAAAACACUGAUGGAUUUACUCCAAGAUUACUCGCCAAAGAGAAAAGUCACAAGGAUGCUGGGAAAGAGUUGAGAAAAGCUGAGCGUGUGUUUACUAAAUACUCCAAACCUGGGAUGAAAAAUCCCAACGAUCCAGCAGCUGUUGCUUUGUAUGAUUGGUCACAAGAAAGAGUUGACGUCAUUAGAGAAGUCUUGAUGAACCAGGUCAAAUCAGGAGAAGAGACAGAAGAUCUUCCUGGAAAAGGCAGUUAUGUUGAUAAACAGGACUUUGAUAUCAUAAUGAAAAAGUUGGGAGCUCCUAUACCAGAUGAUAUUCGAAAGAGAUUGCAUGAUGUUCAUGAUAAAGAUAGGAAAGGCUUGAUAGAAGUUGAAGAGUUCUUAUCUGGAAAGAAAUAUAUCUCCAAGACCUACCUCAUGUCCGCGUUUGAGGGGAAGAAAAAGAAAGGGAAGAAGGGGAAGAAAGGGGGAAAGAAAGGGAAAAAGGGUCGCAAGUUUAAAAUGCCGAUGCCCAUAUGCACUGAUAAAGAAGGUCCACGAAGGCCUGAUGGUGGACCUCCUUUUAAGUUUGUAGAAAAGCAGGUUUUAUGGACGGAUACAAAUCGUUUUGAUAGGGACAAGCCCCCCAAACACCCGUUACAAGAUGAUUCAGCUUGGUAUCUUCAACAACCCGAGAAGUUAUACAUGAACAUUACUGAUGCAGUUAAGCUCGGCGACAUGGAGUCUCUAAAACGAGCUUUCGAGACUGGCACUGACAUUGACACAAGGGACAAAUAUUUUAAAACUCCAUUAAUGGCUGCAUGUGCUGAAGGAAACUUGGAACUGACCAAAUAUUUAUUGUCACGAGGAGCAAGUGUGGAAGCACGAGAUAAUUUUAAAUGGACACCCCUACACCAUGCAUGUCACUCUGGGCAACUGGAUGUAGUGGAAACUUUAAUUCACGCUGGUGCUGAUGGAAAUGCAGUCACUUGGAACUUUGCAACUCCACUUAUGAGGGCGAUAGAGAGUUGUAAACCCGAUGUGGUUAAGUUUCUACUCGACUGUGGUGCUUCUGUUACAAUGCAAAAUAAAAAAGAAAAAACUGCAUUGGAUGUUGCAAGAGAUUGGGGCGAUGGACAAAUCUAUCAAAUGGUCAAGGAGAAAUUUGAUGCAGCCCCCAAACCUAAAAAGGACAAGUCAGGCAAGCGGAAACCACCAGGCCCCCCUAAGCCACUCACUAUCCCACCAAUACCCCAGGGGCAUUUGACGGCACCAAACUCAGCUGAAAAAAUUGAACCAGUCCAAGAAGUUGGAGAAAAACAAUCAGAACCUCAGGUAAUGAAAAUUGAAACCACACCUGCACCUGUCACACCACAGGGUCAUGACAAACCAGAGAUUAAAAGCACCAACUCCAUUCUACUUGCUGCAGAUGAACUAACAUCACAUGCAAAAGCUGAAGAGAUUACCUUCACACCAAGAAAGAGUUGGACCAAGCAAUCAACAACUGAAGACUUGUUGAAUGCAAAACAAGAAAAGCGAACGCGAUUUGGCUACGAAGUUGAUUUUGAGGACUUUGAAAUGCCGCUAAAGAAAAACAUUUCAAACAAAGUCCGAGAUUUUCAGGCUCAAGCGUGAUGUAAAACAAUAAACAGUUUAGGCAAAUUUUUGAUUGCUGCGUUUGAAGGAAUGUAAAGACUAUUGUAUAUGCUUGUUUAUAUUGAAACACAUUUUAGUGCAUCUUAUGCACUUCAGUUAUAACUAUUUAUGCCUGUAGUUAUACCCAUGUAUGCUUUACCUUUUAAGAAUCACACAGUGCCAAUUUACCAUUCUGCCAGCGAAGGAUUAACUGCCUGGAUAGAACUGCCAGCAAACUCCUAACUGAUUUAACCUAAUACCGGCAAACUUAUAUAGGCAUGCUUUGCCUAUUGACCAAUACAUGGCAUUUUGAAAUAGUUUAGUUGAAAAAUUAUGAAGUUUCAUUAGAUUAUAGAAACCAACCUAUAGCAGCCUUAUUGUAAUCGUGUUAUAUAUGAUUUGUGUUUUAUACAGUAUCAGUAUCCUGUUUUUGCAUUGAUUAUUAAGCUGAAAUAUAACAGCACAGGUUCGAGUGUA